CCUCAUUGUAUCUUUUCAUAACACCAAUUCCCCCCACGAAACAAUGUCAGAUACAAGCGAAUCCACGCUCGAAGAAGUAUCCAUUGAGAGAAUCUUGGAUGUUCUCGAUUUGGCGGCUCAUGACGCCACCGAAUCGGGCGACUACCUCACUUACGGCACCGUGUUGGACGUUUAUUUGGGAAACCCACUACAAUACAAGAUCGAUGAACGUGAACAAUUGCUUCAACUGCUCUUGCUGGCAUUCAUCCUUGACCCUAAGCUUGUAUAUGAGGCCGGGUGGGAUUUACCCCCAUUACUAUUGAGAUUCAUUGAUCUGGAUUAUGAUUUUGAUGCACCCAUUAGGUUUGCUCCAUGCAUUUAUCGAGUCCUCAAACUAUUCGAGUUGCUUGCAGUAUGGGGUAAUCAUAAAGAAUUGUUGUUGAAAGCUUGUGAAUGUGUCAGUACCUUGCUUGUGUCCCAUCUGUCUGUUGUCACCGAAGAUGAAUCACAUCAAAUGAAAUUCUUUGAAAUUAAAGUGUAUUGUCUCUUUGAAUUAAUGAGUGUUUGUUUGAGAGGUAUUAGAGGAACCUUACCAGAAGCCCUGAAGACCACUUCGUCUAACACAGGCACAAUUUCAACCCCGGUGAAAUCUCCACUGAAGUUCUUGGCAAUGGCUGCCACUGCCAUAGUUAACAUGGUGGCGUCUAAUGGACUUAAUAGACUGGAUUAUUGGACAUUCAUGUUGAAAAGAGUUUAUAUUUUUUGUAGAACCUACACCGAUGGGGCUAUUCUUGGGGUUAAAAAUAACGUGCCUUUGAAGCUGUUCCGUGAAUUUGAUGAUGAAGAUAGUUCAGAGAAAUCUGAACUGGUGGCCCCAGCCCCAGCCGAAGGUGAUGAUAAUUUACAUUCUUUGAAGCCAACUUCCAUUGAUAAAAUAGUCGUGCAACUGGAAGAAGAUGAAGAAGAUGCUGCUAUUCAACGUAAACUUCUCACUUCCUUGUUGACCCAAACUAUCCAACUCGUGGGCCGCAAUUAUCUCUUUGGAUAUUCUAUGGACAUUGUUACCAUGCUCCAAACACCACUACGCCCACAACUCGAAAAGUAUUUCGAUUAUACUGUGGACAACGAAUCAAUGAAUCGUCUCAUAUCAUUAGCGCAAUCCUUUGACAUCGAUCUCGGUGGACAAUUUGCCUCAUAUAUCGUUGAUUCUCAUAAGCUCUUCCAUUCAGUAAAUUUGAAAACUUCUGAUCCAUCGGAUCUCUUCCUGGCAAUUAUCAAUGAUUACCAGACCAAUGUACACUCCACAAUUGUAAAUAGCACUGGAACAGGUAUAACAGAUUCAGUUAUUGGAUGUUUAAUUCUUGCCACACACCAAGUAGCAAGUUCGAAGAACUUCGAUAGCAUUAAACUCACUUUUGGUGAUGCUUUAGUGUUAAGUGUUCGUUCUAUUGUCCCUGGAAUGAUUCAACCAAAGCUUUUCCUGUCAAAGGCUCUUUAUGACUGCUGUGCGUACUGGUCCUGGCUUACUAUUCAUCUUCAACUGACAAGGGAAGUUGAAUUACAACUUCAACGAGUGCCUCCACUUCUUCUUACUGUCUAUUUCCAAUCACUCCUUUUUGCUUGUGUUUCAAGUACAACUAACUCCAACUUCAGGUAUGUCACUCUUACUCUUUUGACAAGAGUAUUAAGCUUAUCACCAGAAGAUGCUGUUUAUUCAUUUUUGAUUGACUCGCUAAAUGAUUGCCCCUAUGAAAAUAUCAAGGCUGCAUUGGCAGGAGUCUUGAGACAAUUGUUGACGCAAAAUCGUGCUGUGGAAAAUGCAGAUGAAAUAACCAAGAAAAUGGGUGGAUUGUCGACUUCAAGCCUGGGCCCUACCUCUGCACCAGCACUUCCUCCAAGAGUAGUCAAGUAUAUCAAGUUGACCCCUGGGAGAGCCAACGACAUUUUUGAUCUAGUUAUGGAUAACCUUACAACCGCCUUUCAGUUUGGUGAAGGUCUGGUCUCUGUCGAUGGUCCUAAAUUCCUGACUCUUUCAAGUCUUCUUAACCUUCUUGUAGUAUGCAGAACUGACCCUAUCAUGAAAGAGACCGAACAGAAGGAAAGACUUAAGGAUGUUCUUUUGGAGGUACUGACAGUGAUCAAAAAGGUUAAAGAUAUUUCUGACGAGCCACCUACUGCUAAUGCAGCAGAUAUUCUCAAGAUCGCUCUUGAAAGAAUAAGAGCUUAAUUAUAUAUGAAUAGAUGAAGAUAUGUGA